UGAGGUUGGGAAGUAGAAAACACACGGAGGUGGAGUCUGGUCUGAAGGCAGAGGAAGGCUGGAGGAGAGCAGUGAAACGGCACAACAGGAACGGGGUAGGACGGCGGUGAAAUCACGUCCCUACGGUUUGAAUUCGCACCAUUAAAGUGGCCCGGUCAAGGGGUAUAAGACAAGAUGAUAACGCCCUACUUCCUGGAGAGUUUCUGGGGCGAAAAAAACAAUGGAUUUGACGUGCUCUACCACAACAUGAAACAUGGCCAAAUAUCAUCCAAGGAGCUGACAGACUUCAUCAGGGAGAGGAGUGCGAUCGAGGAGGCGUAUGCGCGGUCGGUCACCAAACUCGCCAAGUCUGCAGGCAACUUCUCUCCACUUGGGACGUUCGCCCCGGUGUGGGACGUGUUCCGGAGCUCCACGGAGAAGCUGGCCGCCUGCCACCUGGAGCUGGUGAGGAAGCUGCAGGAGCUCAUCAAGGAGGUGCAGAAGUACGUGGACGACCAGGCCAAGGCCCACAAGAAGACCAAGGAGGAGGUGGCGUCCACGCUGGAGGCGGUCCAGAACAUCCAAACCACCUCCCAGGCGCUCACCAAGUCCAAGGAGGCGUACAACGCCAAGACGGUGGAGCAGGAGCGGCUCCGCAAGGAGGGCGCCACGCAGAGGGAGGUGGACAAGGCCGGGGUGAAGGCCAAGAAAGCCACCGAGACGUACAAGUCCUACGUGGAGAAGUACGCCACGGCCAAGUCGGAAUUCGAACAGAAGAUGGCGGAAACGGCCCAGAAAUUCCAGGACAUCGAGGAGAGCCACGUCCUGCACAUGAAGGAGAUCAUCCAGUCGUACUCCCAGUCCGUCGAAGAGACACACGUCCAGAUAGGAGAGGUCCACACCGAGUUUGUGGGGAACAUGGAGAACACGUCGCUGGAGGGCCUGGUCCAGAAGCUGGCCGAGAGCAAGGGCACCGGCAAGGAGCGGCCAGGUUCCAUUGAGUUUGAGGAAUGCAACGCAGCCGUCGCCACUGAAGGUGCCAAACCCAGGAAGAGGAAAACGUUUGCCAUUCCAGGCCGGCGGAAAGACAAGGACACAGAUUCCACGGAAUCCACGGAAGUCGAAGCUGCAAAUACUGCGAACGGAGCCCCCCCUGGCUACUAUGGAGCCAUCGACAUCCAAAAUGCUAACGUUCCCCAGGUGGAUGCGGAGGGAUUCUGCAUCAGACCAGAAGCCAAUGAAAAUGAUGCCAAAGAGAACUCGUUCUACUCGUCGAGCGACUCUGACGACGAGGACGAGCCCAGGAAGUUCCGCGUGGAGAUCAAACCGGUGCAGGCCGCCGCCGGACCGCAGGGCGCCGCCAUCGACGAGCUCAAGGCCUCCAUCGGGAGCAUCGUCCUAUCGCCCUCCGCCCUGGGUCAGAUGCGGAGGAACCAAUCCAGGGUCUCGAGAAUGUCUUCGUUAAGCUCUAAGCCUCAGGUCCCCGGCGAUGAACUGUCGAAAAACAGAACGGCAGCGUCCUUUAACGACAAACUGACCAACAAUGACCUGCUGUCCCUGGACCCCUUCAGCCCCACCCUGGCCGGCUCCUCUUCCUCGGUGUCUUCAUCAGCAGGGCCGGCCCUCGCCAGACCCACCACCCCGCUGACGGCUGGGGCCCUGGUGCCCCCCCCCAGACCCUCGUCCAGACCCAAGCUGCCCACCGGGAAACUCAGCGGGAUCAAUGAGAUCGUCCGACCCUUCAGCCCCCCCAAGACGGCCGGGGCCAGCCCGCCCUCCCCGGCCCCCCUGGCCCGGGCCGAGAGCUCGUCCUCGCUGUCCUCCAACGCCUCCAUGAGCGCCAGCAACACGCCCACCGUCGGACCUGAGCCUCUCUAUCCCCUGGCCCUCUCUUCUUUGGAGCCAGAGCAGCUCCUCCCUCCCCUCCCCGCCUUCCAGAGAACGUCCCGCGGCCCCAGUCCCAUUACGCUGGCGUCCCACGAUGCAUUGCCCAUCGCCGUUGCGUUCACAGAGUCCGUCAACGCCUACUUCAAAGGAGCAGACCCCAGCAAGUGCAUCGUGAAGAUCACGGGGGACAUGACGCUGUCCUUCCCCAUGGGCAUCAUCAAGGUGUUCACCUCCAACCCCUCCCCCGCCGUGCUCACCUUCAGGCUGAAGAACACCAGCCGUCUGGAACAGGUGCUGCCCAACCAGCAGCUGCUGCACAGCGACGCCUCUCAGAGUGACUCCAACUCCAAGGACUUCUGGUUCAACAUGCCGGCGCUGAUGUCCUACCUUAGGAAGGCCGCCGAGCAGAACCCCACCGCCUCGUACUACAACGUGGACAUCUUGAAAUACCAGGUGCACUCCAGCGGCAUCCAGUCCACGCCGCUCAACCUGGCGGUGUACUGGAAGUGCGCGGCCGGCACCACGGACCUCUGCCUGGACUACCGCUUCAACCCGGAGCCCAUGUCUGGCCCGGGCUCCCUGGCCAACGUCCAGAUCCUGGUGCCCGUGGACGGGGGCGUGACCAGCAUGCAGGCGCUGCCCAACGGCAUCUGGAAUGCAGAGCAGAAAAAGUUCCUGUGGAAGCUGAGCGACAUCUCGGACAAGAGCGACAACGAAGGCGCGGGCUCUCUCAGGGCUAAGUUCGAGCUGUCCAGCGGACCGUCCACGCCGGCCACCCUGGCGGUGCAGUUCAUGAACGAGGGCAGCACCCUGUCGGGGGUGGACAUGGAGCUGCAGGGGCCUGGCUACCGGCUGUCCCUCACCAAGAAGAGGUUCGCCACGGGACGCUACAUGGCUGACUGUUGAUUGGAAGCUUCUCUAGAAUGCUGAGGGUUGCCAUGAUGACCUCCCUGGACGUUCUGGAUCUGCCUCCCGCUGCAGUCGGAACACCUGAGCGCGCUCUUUUUAUCCCUCCUUUUUUUUCCUCGGAACCGAAAGUUUCACUACAGUAAAGGGGCAGCACUGAGUACUAUACACUAUUUAAUAGAAAGUGAACCAGAGUAUGAAUACUGGGACGAGCCUUCAGGAACUGUACAGGUGUCACGCUCUCUGAUCAAAUCACUUUUUUUGUACAAACAAUUUUAUGGAUUAGGUAAAAAAAUAAAACUAUAUUAUAUGAAAUCACGAAAACAAAAAAAGCAAAGAAAAAUGUGCACUAACCAAUCUUUCCGGCCAAUUUUUGAAUACCCUCUUUCCCCCCUCCCCUCUCUUUUCUAUGAGGAAUGUAUAAAACCAAUGUUUUCUGAGGAAGAGGAACACCUACUUUAUGCUUCUCUGCCCUUUCCACUGUAAAUAGUUGCACUGAAUAGUAUGUGCUGCGAGCCUCAGCCCAACCCGUGCUCAGGUUGGGUUCCUGUUCUCCCCUCCUCUCUCUACUCUCUUUAUGGUCACGUGCAAUGAAACAAUGAAGACAAAUGAUCGCUGAAACACUAUAAAUCCUCUCAGAGUCUCUCAGAACAUGCCAGGCCGCACCCUCAGUUCGAAGUCGUGGGCAUCUAAGAUUUUAAAUUGCUUUAAUGACAAAAAAGGAACGCAAAAAAAACAAGAAACAUCCAGUGCCUACCGAUAUCUGUCCUCGUUUGUGCUUUGAUGAUUCAGCUUUAUGCAUCUUUUUUCUCCGUAUCCAUGGGGAUAUCAACAGGGCUAAUCCUCAACACUGUUACUAACCGGGUCUUCGGAGGGCUAGCACAAGUUCUUAAACAUGCCCGUAUUACGUUUCGUAUAAAUGUAAGUUUCCGUGUAGUCCAGGUAGACGUAUUUUAAAUAAGUCCCUUUUAUUAUAAAACGGCAGCAAGGUAAAUGGAACAAUUAGUUUUUUGAAUGAAACAAGUGUCUUUUUCAAGUACAUUUUUUAAGCAGAUUCAAAACAGUGUCAUUGCGUGCCCGCCAAAACGUACGGAGAAGCGUUCCUGAAUCUCGCCUUCCUUCCGUCGUUUGCGUGCCAAAGCAUAGCGCAUGAUCAGAGGGCCUGUCGUCGUGGGCUAGUCGUGUUCAUUUUAUACUCCUUGAUCAGGAUGAGAAAGGGAAAACGCCUCCAGUUUAUACAACCCCCAGUCUUGUCUUCCAGUCGGCCAAUAAGACAUGUUUGCCUUCACCAAUGUUUUUGUUUAUUUUUUAUUGAAGUCUUUUAUAAGUCCUCAUUUUUAAUUGGAAAUCGUUCACAGGCCUCGACCCCUCCUCACCCCGCGGUCCAGGGGGGGCUGCCGGAGGCGCAGUAGCAUCGAAAAUGCCUUAUCAAAAAAUGACUGCCGCAAAGAAAUAUUCAAGGGUUGCUAGUGGGGCACAGAUAUCGUUGUGAACCGCGUUGGGAUUUCAAUUGUAAUCGAUGUGGCUGAAAACAAAACAACAAUCCGACUUCAAGGAAGAAACGCACAAACCCCCCAAAAAACACCUCUCACCUUGCCGGGUUGGCUGUUGUGAUUUUAAGGUUUUCCCAAGUAUGCUUUUUUUUACCCUGAAAUGUGAUUUAUUCUCUUGUCGUU